AAGCACGUCAAACAAUAUGCUAUCGAACAAGUUUCUGAUUAUGAGCUUUGCUCUCUUUGCUGUGAUCAUUGUGGUGUCUGCCGAGGGUAGCGAAGAACAAAUAAGCGAUCGCCGAUUCCGUUGGCCAGGCUCCGAUGAGCAGGAGGCGGAGGACCCAAAUGAGGACAAUGACAAUGCGGAGGAAGAGGACGAUAGUGCGGACGAUAAGCCAACAGAAGAUGAUAACGACGACGACAAUGAAGAUGAUUCUAAAGAAUCCGACAAUGAAUCCAAACAGGAGAACGAGUAGAUAAUUCUCCAUUUUAAAGUUUUAAAUAUUUUUCCGUUAAAUGUUAUGUACAAUUUAUA